AUGGAGCAGGGGAAUCGACAUGAACAGGUGUUUUCAUCGAGCCACAAAGAGGAGACAUCUGAACGUGUUAUCAAGUCUAUUCUGCGUGGCCCGGAUGAGGCCUCUGCAUGUCUUCUCUGGAGCGUUAUACCUGGCGGAAUUGCUCUCCUGGGCGUCAUCUUAAGCUUCCCAUUCUCUCGUGGAAGUACUCAAAUUGCAUCCUCUGAUCCUAACGCCAAGCCUAUAAUUGACACUCAGUUCUUCGCCAAUAGCAUGGACAUUGAGAUCCUAGCGCGUCAUGUGCAGAACCUGCACAAGUUGACCAUGUUUCCAGCUUUGCAAAGCGUCAUUCAGCCUACCGAAGUGCCACAGGAUAUGGAAGUCAUUGAGGAAAUGCUGCGCGAGUCGGCUGUUUUGACCACCCAUCGCACAUGUGGCACUGUUGCCAUGCUUCCCCAGCAGGUUGGAGGCGUGGCGGAUCAAGAUCUUCGAGUUUAUGGGACGAAGGUUUUGCGGGUGGUGGGCGCGAGUAUCUUUUUGCUCACUCCUCACGCGAACCUCAUGAUGACAAUGUAUGCAGUCGCGGAAAAGACCGCUGAUGUGAUUCAAUCCAGCUAA